GCCGGAAGUGACGAACCAGGAAGCGACUUUCUGCGCCCGAGUUGGGGGCGCGGUUUUGGAAAAUAGUAUGUCAGAGUGGAAGUCGUCGCUAGCCGGUUUCCGAUCUGCGUCUAGGUACAUUUAUUUGUCACGAAGCCGUUUUUUGGCUCAGCGUCUCAGUGGCGUUCGGAAUUUUCUCACAGCAUCCUAGAGAACGACAAAUCCAGAGAACGACAAAUCCUGGACCCUGCUCACUCCUGAACGCAGCCCCUCAAAGCACUCUGCUCGGCUAUUGGCUGGCAAGACUGUUCGCUAUAAUUCCGAAAGAAAGAAAGAAAAAAGAAAAGAAAAACACAAACAAAAAGCUUCCCAACAAUUUUCUUGGACAACUUCAAUCAGAAAAAAAGAAAUGCCUAUUUUUCCUAAGAUAUCUUUGAGACCCGAAGUUGAAAACUAUCUCAAAGAGAGCUUUAUGAACAAGGAGGUUGUGUCUGCCUCAAGCAAACAAGAAGCAGAAAGGAAAUUUGAAGCUCUGCUCAUUCACUUGUCACACCCUCCGUCCUUCACAACUGUCAGAGUGAAUACCCACUUAGCAUCAGUUGAGUAUGUCAGAGGUCUGCUGCUUGAAGAGCUUCAGAAGCAAUUCAGUGGAUUCAGCAUUCCUGUUCUUCGGCAUCCAGCCCUCCCAGAUGUCUUACUCAUUCCUGUGACCGGACCAAGAAAGAACAUAGAAAAGCAACAGUGUGAAGUGACUGUUGGAGCACAGUGUGGCAAUGCAGUAUUGAGAGGAGCCCAUGUCUACGUUCCAGGAAUUGUGGCAGCUUCCAAAUUUAUGAAAGCUGGAGAUGUUAUUUCCGUAUAUUCUGAUAUUAAAGGGAAAUGUAAGAAAGGAGCCAAAGAAUUUGAUGGAACUAAAGUAUUUCUUGGAAAUGGAAUUUCUGAACUAAGCCGUAAAGAUAUCUUCAAUGGGAUACCCGAUCUGAAAGGUAUAGGCAUAAGAAUGACAGAACCCAUAUAUCUCAGCCCUUCAUUUGACAAUGUUCUACCCAGUUACUUAUUUUUACAGAAUUUACCAUCUACUGUUGUAGCUCAUGUUCUGAAUCCUCAACCUGGAGAGAAGAUUCUAGAUUUGUGUGCAGCACCUGGGGGCAAAACUACACAUAUUGCAGCAUUGAUGCAGGACCAGGGAGAAGUAAUAGCACUGGAUAAAAUAUUGAAUAAAGUGGAAAAAUUAAAGCAGAAUGCUUCAUUAUUAGGACUUCAUUCUAUCAGGGCGUUUUGCUUCGAUGCAACAAAGGCACUUAAACUUGAUAUGAUUGAUGGCAUAGAAGGGGCACCUCCAUUCCUACCAGAAUCUUUUGACCGAAUCCUCCUCGAUGCACCCUGCAGUGGGAUGGGACAGAGGCCAAAUAUGGCUUGUACUUGGACUUUGAAGGAAGUGAGAUCAUAUCAGCCACUACAGCGAAAACUCUUUAAUGUGGCAGUUCAACUGCUGAAGCCAGGGGGAGUACUGGUUUACAGCACAUGUACAGUAACUCUGGCAGAAAAUGAAGAGCAAGUUGCCUGGGCCCUCACAACAUUCCCCUACCUUCAGCUUCAACCCCAGGAACCACAGAUUGGAGGAGAAGGAAUGGUGGGAGCUGGCCUAUCACCACAACAAUUGAAACAGCUACAACGAUUUGAUCCAUCUGCUGUGCCACUGCAGAACGUGGACGCUGAUUGUCUCGGAGAUGGUAAAAGAGAAGACAUGAUCUGGCUGGCCAACAAGGAUUGCAUAGGCUUCUUUAUUGCAAAGUUUCUAAAAUGUAAAAGCACAGAAGAGAAGGUUUCUCAGAAAUGAAAAUUCAGAAUAUUU